CGCCGAUUUCGACAUCAACAAAUCGUGCAAGUCGUAACACUUGUCUGAACUUCGACGAAUAUAACGGGUACUAUACAAGAUCUCACAUGGACGUAGCUCUUCAUCAUGGACCGCAGAUUCCUGUCCAAUAUGAUGGCGAGCUUCCAUCAAGCGAAGCCCGUCGACCCGCACUCGGUGGUCGUCGUCAAGAAGCCCGCAAAGACGUCGAGCAAGGUGGUUGCCACGCCGUCGACACCGCAACAGAUGGCGGUGGGGACUAAAGCGAAGAAUGGAGAGGUGAUCAAGAAGAAGAAGAAGAAACCGCCUAGCGGUACGCUCUCCGUCGAGGCCGUGAUCGCGAAACGGAAACGCAAGGAAGAACGAAAAUUACUCAAAGAAGCUGCUGCUGCUCAAGGACAACGUCCCGAAACUUCGCAGGAAUCUGUGGUUGGUCGAACGACUUCUGCAUCAGAGAUCGUCUUGCUGCCGGACGUCACCCCGGUUCAACAACUACCCGAAUCCCAAACACCAACCCACCUCGCUUCAAACCCUCCGGCGAUAAGAAAGAAGCCGAAAAAGCCCAAGAAAGAUAAACGACCCAACGUGGAACCCUCGCGGGCUGUCGAGGUCCCGGUGGCCCAGGCGGUCGGACCGGAGAUCAUCGAGAUCCUGGAUACGGAUGACGAAGAUGUCCGACCUACUACGCUUGUCUCACACCCCUCUCGCGCACCGACCAUCCAGGUCUCUUCCUCGGGCGCAGCAGCAGCAGUGGUAUCUUCCUCGGGUAUGAAGAAGAAGAAGGUUUCCAGCUCAAAGGAAAAGACCUUUUCAACCUCCCAUAUCCCUUCCAUGAACGCGACGGCCAUAGCUUCUUCCAGCUCGAGAGAGAAGACGCCAAUCCCCCAAACAUCUUCUCCGAAUACGACAAUCGCAAUUAUAUCUCCCUCGAGCACGAUGCGGACGAAGAAGGUCUCCAGCUCGGAGAAGAAGUCGCAAAAAGCGGAAAAGGCAGCUCGGAAACAGGCUCGAGCUGAAAGACGGGCGAGGAAGGCGGAAAGAAGGGCUAAGCGAGCGGGGAAGGAUAAGGACAAGGAUAGUGCUGCGGCUGUGACAAGUACGGGAUUUGUCGCAGCAUUGGACGUAGGAGGGGCGACAGACUCUGCCAGAAAGCAGGGGAAGAAGAAGGAUAAGCAGAAGAAGACUUUACGAGCCGCUUGGGCUCCGGGCGGUCGGAAGGAGAUCCCUAUAGUGAUCGAGGAGGAGCGCGAACGAUCGCCGUCGCCACUUCUCACAGUUGAGGACCGAGAUAGAAAGGAGAGAGAGGCGGAGGAUCGCUUCAACCUGAUGAUGCUCGAGGUCGGCAAUGCUGCUAUACCUGUCAAGCGACCGGACGAAGAGAUUGAGGAGGCAUGGAAAAUGGAAUUACGCUGCUCAGUAGAAAUGACGAACGUAAAGCUUGCAGAAAAAGGUGUUAAAUUGCGCAAGGGUCGCUUUUCGCAGACGGAGAAGGCAAUCAUGUUGACGGAAGUCGAGCGGUUCCGAAAAGCACAUGGUAUGAGCCAUGCAGAAUUACAGAACAUACUUACGGUCAAAACGAGGAAGACUGCUAGCCUUCGUCGAGCAGCAGCUUCACACGUAGUUCGCAAUCUACCGGGAAGAACCUUGAAGCUCACAAGAGCGACUUUUGCUAAAUGGUUUCACUCGCAAAACAAUGGCGCCGCUUGGACAGAAGCUCAAGAAGACGAGGUCUGGGGUCUCACGCAAAUGUAUCCUCGGCAGUGGACCAAGAUUGGAUCUCUAGUAGACAGAGAUCCCGAUGCGGUCCACUUGCGAUAUCAGAGUUAUAUACUGCCGCGCAAACGUGGAGGAGCUAACGUCAAGGGUCCAUGGUCUGAAGCGGAAGAUCAAGAACUGACGAAAUUGAUCACCGAUCAAAUGCAUGCCCAUGGUUGGUCCAUUACUGAGCCGCCUCCACGGCAGUUCUCAUGGAGCCAAGUCGCGGAAAACUUGACUCGGUGGAGGCCACCCUAUCGCUGUAAGGACAGAUGGUAUUCGGCCCUACUAAGACGGCACUGGGACCCAAUUCCAACAGAAACUCGGAUUAGUUGUUGAGCCGGAGCAUCACAUUACAAUCCAACACACAAUGGGAAGACAUCGAUCCCUCUGCGACAGUAAAUGGUCGUUUAAUUCAGCUGGAUAAACUUUUCAGAACGUGGAGACGUGAUGCUCUCUCACAUGCUACACCCGAUGAUUAUUUUACGAAACUGAAAGGAGAUAUGGAGAGCAGACUGUCCAGAGGCAGGCUGUCUGGACUUCCAAGAACGGCGAGAACACACGGAGUUGCGGGG